GAAAACAUGGAUUUGCUCUGCUGUCACAGAGGCAUAUUGUCCACUUUGAUGGUGCACAUGAGGAUAUCAGAUGUCCUCCUGACUUCCACACUCUCGAUGGAAGAAAAUAGGCUGUGGUCUAUAAAAAUGAAGUUAGAUGGUUUGUGCAUGUGUGUGUGUCAAAGCAACAGGAGACCCAGCUGGAUGGAGAAAACAGGUGCAGGAUGUACAGCUUCAUGGGUGGAGGGCUGUUCUGUGCAGGCGUGGGGAACAUCCUACUGAUCGUUUCCACAGCAACCGAUUACUGGAUGCAGUAUCGGCAGUCCAGCAAGUACAUGCACCAGGGUCUGUGGCGCUACUGCAUGCCAGGGAAAUGCUUCCCGCACAACGACAGCAUUGCCCACCUAGACGCCACCCGUGCCCUCAUGAUCCUCUCUCUUUUGGCCUGUUUCAUUGGCAUCAUCAUUGGCAUUAUGGCCUUCAUCCAUUACUCAUCACUCGACAGGUUUGACAAAACCUUUGCUGCAGGCAUAUUGUUUUUCAUCUCAUGCUUUUUAGUGUUUCUAGCAAUGGCAGUGUACACUGGUGUGACUAUUAACUACUACGGGAAACGCUAUGGAAACUGGAGGUUCUCCUGGUCCUAUAUCAUCGGCUGGGUGUCAGUGGUUCUCACCUUCUUUUCAGGUAUUUUCUAUUUUUGUGCCUAUCGGAUGCAUGAAUGCCCCAGGAGCGCAACUUCUCACUAAAAGAAAUUCAUCCAGGAAUAACUUGCAGGUUCUGAUCAUGAGAGCUGCAUUAUAGACCAUCCGCCGUCAACACUAGUGUACAAUGUAUAGCCACUGAGCUCAUAUCCCGGAAACAUAACUAAAAGGAAAGUUUAAGUGAUUUCAAUAAAGGCUUUUGAAAAUCUGACUGUAUUAUUAUGUUGAAAACC